UUUCAGCCACAAAUAUAUUAACUGCCCAAUUGUUCCUAAUCUCCCCUCAUUGUCCGAAAGUGAACCUGUCUAGAUUCAUCGGAAAGCGAAGCCGUGAGGAGCCAUGGCAGCAGCAGCAACGCCCACUUCAGUUCACAAAUCAGAGGAGGAAUGGCAGGCCAUUCUCACCCCUGAACAGUUCCACAUCCUUCGCCAAAAGGGCACCGAAUUGCGUGGAACUGGGGAAUACGAUAAGUUUUUUGGUGAAGGGGUGUAUAACUGUGCUGGAUGUGGAACGCCACUUUAUAAAUCUACAACAAAGUUCGACUCCGGCUGUGGUUGGCCUGCUUUCUAUGAAGGUUUCCCAGGGGCUAUUACCCGCUCUCCAGAUCCAGAUGGAAGGAGGACAGAGAUUACCUGCACUGCUUGUGGUGGACAUCUAGGUCAUGUUUUUAAAGGAGAGGGGUACAAGACUCCCACAGACGAACGACACUGUGUCAAUAGCAUCUCGGUCAAGUUCAUCCCUGCAAAUUCUUCUGCUUGAUUGUGUAAUAGCCUAGUCUCUGUGCGAUGUAAUAUGAGACUGCAUGCUUCUAAACAUACGAAACUUAUCCUUCUUUGUUGUGUUUCUUCUGCACAUGUUCCUUAUC